GGAAAAAAACAAAAACAAACAAAACAAAAAAUGUCUUUCAAGACCGUGGGCACGGCGUUAACGCGCACGCUAUGGACCCGCGGAAACCGGACCCCUCCCGUGGCUCGGUCCCCGAGAGCGAACCGGCUCUCCAGCUCCUGCAGGGGGGCCGCGGGGACCGGGGAGGCUGCGAAGAGUUGCGGGCCGGACUCCGAGAGGCCGAACCGGGACGCCCCGUCCUCCGCCGAGCCCCCGCACAGAGGGGGGGCCGCGGAGAAGAAGCGACCCAAGGAGUCCGCCGGAGCCCCCGGUGUGCCCGGGGUCCGGAGGCGCUCCUUCACCUCCAACGCUGCCCCCCGGGACCAGAGGUCCUACCUGUGGACCCGAUACAAUGACAUGAAGCGGCUGGUCCACGAUUUGAUCCCACCGGCCGCGUGUAAAAGCCUGAAUGCCUCCGUCAUCUAUGCCAACAACGAAGUGGACCUGGCCGAGGUGGACAUCUACGGCUUUGACUACGACUACACUCUGGCUCAGUACUCCAACGCGCUCAACACACUCAUCUACAACACAGCGAGAGGCUUCCUCAUCGAGCACUUCAAGUACCCAGAGGGCAUUGGGAAAUAUGAUUACAUUCCCAACUUUGCCGUCCGGGGUCUCCACUAUGACAUCCAAAAGGGUCUCCUGAUGAAAAUAGAUGCCUUUCAUUACAUCGAGCCGGGAACAGUGUAUCGGGGUCUGAGUCCGGUGUCGGAUGAAGAGAUCCUUCAGCUCUACGGGGGCACCUUCCACGUCCCCCUGCAGCAGGACAGCGGCUUCUAUGGAAAGGGACCAAAGGUGAAACAGUUCAUGGACAUUUUCUCCAUUCCCGAGAUGACUCUCCUUGCCGUGGCCAACGAUUUUUUCAUCACCAACAACAUCGAUUACGAUCCGGUCCACCUUUUCAAGGAUGUCUCUGAAGCCAUCGGCAUGGUUCACAUCAAAGGCUACAUGUACAAGUGGAUCAUGCAAGAUCUGAACAAGUUCAUCCUGAGAGGGGAGGAGACGGACGCCGUCCUGCAUCGACUGGCCAGUAAAGGGAAGAAGCUCUUCCUCAUCACCAACAGCCCCUUCAGCUUCGUGGAUAAGGGGAUGACCCACAUGGUGGGGGCAGACUGGAGGGACUUCUUCGACGUGGUGAUCGUGCAGGCCGACAAGCCUCACUUCUUCACCGACUGCAUCAAGCCUUUCAGACGCCUGGACGGCAACGGAGACCUCCGAUGGGAGAAGAUAAACAGUUUGGAUAAAGGCCAGAUUUACAAACAGGGAAACUUGUUUGACUUCCUCAGACUGACGGGCUGGAGUGGAUCAAAGGUUCUCUACUUCGGAGACCACCUUUAUAGCGACUUGGCAGACCUGAUGUUGCGUCACGGCUGGCGCACGGCGGCCAUUGUCCCCGAGCUGGAGCACGAGACCAAAGUAGUGAGCACGCACCGGUACGCUGUGAACCUCACCUGGCUGCAGGCUUUAACUGGACUGAUGGAGCGACUUCAGACACACCGGGACGCAGAUUCUAAAGAUGUUUUUCUGGAGUGGCAGAAAGAAAGAGAAGAACUGAGGGUGAUGACCAAGAACUGCUUCAACCCUCAGUUCGGAAGCAUCUUCAGAACCUGUCACAACCCCACCUACUUCUCCCGGCGCCUGAGCCGCUUCUCCGACAUCUACAUGACGUCGCUAAGCUGCCUGCUGAACUACGACCCGUCCUACACCUUCUACCCGCGCCGCACCCCCCUGCAGCACGAGGCCCCCCUGUGGAUGGACCAGCUGUGCACGGGCUGCAUGAAGACGCCCCAUCUGGACGACAUGUCCCACAUCAGAUGAAUAAAAAAAAAUGAGAGCUGUGCUCUCUCCUGACUGACUCAUAGGCUUUUCUCUUUUUAGGGCUGGCAAACCGUAGCCGGAGGAAAUAAUUCUGUUAACAGGGUUUUUUUUUUUUUUUUUUAAAUGUAUGUAUGCGUUAAGGUGCUGCACAACUCCCUCCUUGUGGUGCACAUGAUUGCUCAACACAGAGAGUUGUGAGUGAAUCCACUAGGGGGUGCUGUAGAUCAGACGGUGGCUGUCGUCCACAAAAAACUACAGACAACUGGUCUCUGGCUCAGCACGUGGAAGUUGUGAAUAACUAAGCUGCAGUCGCACAAUUAAAACAAAUAAAGUACUAAAAUCUUU